UUUAUGUUAUCUAUACCAAAAUGACUUCUUCAGAUGCAGAAACUUCCUCAGAAGAUGAUUUGUCAAAGUUAAAAGAGUCUGUGGAUCAACACUUUCUCAAAGCUGACUUGUAUGACAAGAAUUCCACAACAUGCAAUGAAACAACAAAAACAUCAUCAUCACAACCACCAGCAUCAUUAAGACGCAAUGUUGAUGCAGAAGAUGAAGCAUUAAAUCUGUUUCAUGUAACACCAGAGUUUCAGAAUUAUGUUGCUAAACAUUUGGCUGAUAAACUUGAGAAAGAUCUUAAACAUUUAGAAGUUGCUGUGCCUACAAUCCAGGAAACAAAACCAAAAAGAAAGGCAAAAGGAAUCAAAUUAUUACAUUCCUCACUGCAUAAAUUAAAAGUUCCUAAGUGUAAUGAUUCAGAUGUUUAUGAAGUAAGCAUACACAAUGCAAAAGUAAAUAAAAAACUGCAUGAUUUUGAUGAAGAAGCACAUGAAGAGCUGUGCAAAAUGGUUGCUGUCGAUGGCCAAGACAUUUUGAGUAAAAAAGAUGUGAAAUAUUGGAGUAAUAGAUCCAAAGCGGAAGUUUUCAGUUACAAAAAAGUUAAGAGAGGCAAAUAUCAAUAUCAAGAAAAACCAUUUGUAUCCGUAACGUAUAAAUAAAUUAAAUAUUUAUAAUUAUUGUUUUAAAA